GGGAGAAACGGAAGCAGUCGAACUAAAACGCGCGCACGCGAACUCCCGCGAAAUCCUUUGUUCUUCUUCUCCGCCACGGCCCCAUUUCUCUUCAUCGUCUUCCCCGUGAUUGUUGCAAGAAUCGACUACGAGAAUCAUCCACUGUGGUCGUCGAGAUCUGAAUGUGCCGAUAGACGCUCCUUGACCUCAAGGCUUCGAAGCUCAUUCCCGUUCUUUUCCUCGUUUGAUCUUUCAUCACCUGCAGUCGCGAGAACUGGGCCGUGAUUGUGAGCUGACCUUUCGAGGAUAUAAUUAGAAGGCUCAGUUGAAAUUCGUUCUAGCCUUUAGGUACCAUUCGUCAAUCCAUAUCCCCAAGCUCUCCCUGUUGAAUCCGUGGGAGUUUUCACCUUUCCAUCUGAAGCUCGAAACUCGAUUAAACCACCCAUUUGAAUCGAGUUGACGAAAUACUUCGAUUUCCUCGCGAUGUUUUUUUUUUAACUUUUUUUUUUAUCUAAUUUCAACGCAUUUAGUCCUCAAACUGUCAAAACCUCAAAGUGGGUCCUCUUCCUUCCAUCAUUACCCGAUAGCCUUCGUCCACUAACAUUUAUUUCUUCUGCAUUUGUCAUUCCUCUUGAUAUUUUUACUUGGUACUUGGUGAGCCUUAUUUUACACUUCUUUUGGCGUACCUUUCUUCUUAAUCGUGGGAAACGUUUAAUCGAUUCCUAAUUUUGCCUUUGAAUGUACUGACUGGCCUAGUAAGAUGGGGUUUUUAUUCAUAUUUGUUGGUUCACUAAUUCACUGACUUUAGCCUGCUUCGUCGUGGCGUAGUAUGUUCGCGGUGGUGCUUCCAGAACUGAGUUUGCACUCUUUGUGAUGCGCACGCCAUUCCUUGGGAGCUUUUCUGGCUGUUUUGCAUCAUUAUGGGAUAGUUCCUUCAGAUUGGCACGUCUAAGCGGAUAUGGGCAGAUCCUGUAAACUUUUCAUGUGAAAGCUAUGCAUGCUUAUCUAUUCACGUGGAUGUGAUUACAAGGGAAAUCCUGAAAAACAUAAAAUUUUGAAUGAUACUAUGAAAAAGUGUAGUUGGAAACAAAUUACGUCUCCAGCAGAUGACUAUUUCCUUAGCUGCUAUAGUCUUGACAGAUGGGCAACAGAUUGUUAGCCUCCAUUCUGGGGUUACUGAAAUAAAAUUAUGGUUGCAGUCAGCAGAGUAACAGGAGCACACUGAUAACCUGCUUAAUCUCUUAAAAGACACACUUUAUGAUAUCAUGUGUAAGAUCUUGCAAAUGUAUCCAGAUCAGUGUGGGUUAUUAUUCUACCGCUGGAGCAUCCAGGGACAAUGUUAAAAGUGUUAGUAAUACAAAUGUUAGUGCAACAGAGGUUUCACCUGUAUCCCUGGCGAAGAGCUUAGCCUCUCUGACUGAAGAGUGCUCAUUUUCUGUGGAAAGGAAAAAUCAAACAAAUGUUAGUGGAACAGAGGUUUCACCUGUAUCCCUGGCGAAGAGCUUAGCCUCUCUGACUGAAGAGUGCUCAUUUUCUGUGGAAAGGAAAAAUCAAACAAAUGUUAGUGGAACAGAGGUUUCACCUGUAUCCCUGGCAAAGAGCUUAGCCUCUCUCACUGAAGAGUGCUCAAUUUCUGUGGAAAGGAAAAACCAAACUCAGGUGGAACUCAAAAGGUUGAUUGAGAAGCGCAUAAAAAAGAGGGUGAAAGAGCAAUACUUGGAUGGGAAGUUUUAUGACCUUAUAGCAAAAGUGAUUGCAGAACCAAAAACCCUUGAAGAUGCAUAUAAUUCUAUAAAACUUAAUUCAAACAUUCAGUUAACAUCAAAUGAUAGCGGUAUCUGUUUUGCCUCCAUUGCGGAACAACUUGCAUCUGGGGUAUUUGAUGUGCAAGCUAACACAUAUAGGAUUUCACGAAGAACAGCAAAUCAAGAAUAUUUGGUGCUUCCCAAUCUAGAGUUGAAAAUUGUACUGGAGGCAAUUCGGAUGGUUGUGGAGGUUGUAUACAGGCGUCAUUUUCAUAAAAUUUCACAUGGUUACAGAAAUGGAAGGGGGCAAAAAUCAGCAAUGAGAUACAUAUGCAAAGAGAUCAGGGAUCCAGAUUGGUGUUUUAUGUUGUUCACAAAGAAAACAGUUGAUUCAUGUAUCUUGCAGAAAAUUAUUUCUUCAAUGAAAGAAAAGAUCAAUGAUGAUCUUCUCUUUUGUAUGCUCUGCUCGAUGUUUGAAGCUCAAGUUCUGAACCUUGAAUUUGGUGGUUAUCCAAAAGGCCAAGGGCUUCCUCAAGAAGGAGCACUCUCACCAUUAUUAAUGAACAUAUAUCUUGAUCUUUUUGACCAAGAAUUUUUUAAAAUGUGCCUGAAAUAUGAGUGCUUGGAUGUGAAUCCUAAUACCAUUCAAGUGAACCAGCACUCAAAGUUGCGAGAGUGGUUCAGGCGACAGCUGAGACAUGACAAGGUGGUUGCAGGAGAAGAAACUCUCCCAAGAAUCCAUGCGUGCAGGUACAUGGAUGAGAUUUUUGUUUGCAUUCAUGGUAGUAGAGAAAUUGCUUUUUGCAUAAAGGAUGAAAUUCUGAGCUAUCUUAAAGGAUCACUGCACUUGGAUGUGGAUGCAACAGAAGUAUUUUCAAAAUCUGACACGUGGAAGCUGCAAUUUCUUGGUUUAAUAGUUCAAAAUUGUACAAGUGAAGGUAGUUCGUUACACGCUGUGCACAAGCUAAAGGAUAAAGUCCACUUAUAUGCUUCACAGAAACAAGACCAGUGGGAUGAUUGGAUUUAUAGAAUUGGGAAAAAGUGGCUGGGUCAUUCUUUGAGACAAAUCAAAGAAAGCAAGGGUGUUCAAGAAAACAACAGCAGUAUGUUGAUGGGAAAAUUUUCUCAGUUCCGGAAGCCUGGGAUGAAAACUGACCAUUGGUUUAAAUACCUACUCAAGGUUUGGAUUCAAGACGUGUCUCCUAAAGCAGAAAUCAAUGAGGAAGAGGUGUUGUCAAAAUAUAUUGUUGAACCAGCAAUACCAGAAGAAUUGAUUAUUUCAUUUUACAAUUUUCAGCAGAAGGCCCAAGAGUAUAUCUCAUCAGAAACCUCUGCUAUUUGUUCACUAUUACCAACCACUGCAGAUACAAAAAAUUGCAGGUUAACUUCAUUUGCUCCAGUUGAUGUGAUAGCAAAGAGUCUUUUGCGUUAUGGAAUAGUCAACAAGGCAGGAUUUCCUCAAGGUGUCAGGGCCCUUGUCCUGCAAGAUGACCAUCAGAUAGUAACUUGGUUUGCAGGAUUAGUGAGGCGGUGGCAUAGAUGGUUUAAUGACAGCAGAAAUUUUGGAGACGUAAUGAACAUUGUAGGUGAUUGCAUCAGAAAAUCUUGUGUAAGAACUCUAGCAGUGAAGCACCGGAUAAUAGAGACGGAGAUUGAGAAAAGGUUUGAGACAGAACUCAGCAGUAUACCAUCAGCUCAGGAACUAGAGUCUGGAGACGUAAUCAUGUUGAAAGAAUUCCAGUUCGAGGAAGGUGAGGAGGCUGUUAUGUACGGAAGUGCAAAUAGUGGACUUUGUUUGCUCUCUCUUGCUACCGUUGGGACUAGGUCAAGUUCUUCUAUUUGUCACGUUGCAUGUUGUUCAGCCGUAGGAUCUGGUCUAUACACCCUGCAUGUCAAGGAACAGGGGAAACAUCCAGCAUGGAGGACUGGGUUUGCCACAGCAAUUCAUCCUGCCUUAAAUGGGAAGCGGAUAUCCUUGUGCAGGCAGCAUCUAAGGGAUCUGUAUCUGGGUUACAUCUCUCUUCAAACUGUUGACUUUGGAGCUUUGAGAAGAUGAGUUCUCUAUUAUUUCACCUUUUACUUGCUUCCUUUUUGUCAAUUCUUAUAGCAUGUGGUCUUAUUGACAAAGGAAUUUCUUGAAAGUUUGGAUACAUCUACUUGAACUCGGCCAAACCAUGUCAGAAUUAAAUGUGUGUUUUUCUCUCUUUUUCAUCUUGGCUUUUUUUUUUCCUUUUUCCAUUUUUUAACCUGUUUUUCUUAAUAAAACACAUUUUCUGUGACCAUGGGUCAUA